AUGGUAAUUAAAUUAUGCCCAUAUGGUCUGGCAAGUUCCGGUGCUUAUAUCGAUGUUGUGGACGAUAGGGUUGUUGAGGGAGAAGGUGCCGAGAGGAGCGAGAAAGGGGGAGUUCUGAGAGUUGGGCUCAUCUGCGGAGGUCUGUCUGCUGAGUGUGGGAUAUCUUUGAAUUCCGCAAGAUCAGUCCUCGAUCAUAUACAGUAA